AACAUGGAGAUGACAGCCGCCCGCCGUUCGUUUCUUUGCGACAUCGGCUUCUGGGCAGACCGGACUGCCCUACAUGAAGCAGCGUCCCAAGGCAGGGCCCUGCAGCUCAAACAGCUGAUAGAGAGCGGAGUAUCGGUCAACAUGGUGACGGUGGACAACAUCACUCCGCUCCAUGAGGCCUGCAUACAGGCUCAUCCAAACUGUGCCCGGCUGCUGCUGGAGGCUGGAGCCCAGGUGGACAUACGGACCAUUCAUGGUAGCACACCUCUAUGUAAUGCCUGUGCUUCAGGCAGCCUUGAGUGUGCCAAACUGCUUUUGGAAUAUGGAGCUAGAAUUAACCCAUCCCUCACAGCUCUAACCGCCUCGCCGCUCCACGAGGCCUGCAUACAAGGUAAUGUUGAAGUGGUGAGACUGAUGAUAGCCAGCGGUGCCCAGCUGGAGGCGUAUGAUGUCCACUUUGGCCCACCACUCCACAUCGCAUGUGCUAAAGGACAUGUGGACUGUGUAAAGGAGCUGCUCAAUGCAGGUGCCAAUGUGAACUCCGUAAAGUUCCAUGAGAUAGCUUUGCACCACGCUGCACGGGUCAACAUGGUGGACAUGAUUGAGCUGUUGAUGGAGUUUGGUGCCAACGUGUACGCCAGCGACAACAUGGACAAAAAGCCUAUAGACUACACGACACCCUCGUCUCCUGCUCACACCUGCCUCAUGUUUUAUGAAAGUAAUCCUCUGAGUCUGCAGCAGCUUUGUAGAAUCACUGUGAGGAUGGUGCUUGGUACCAGAGCUUCAGAGGUCAUAGGUCAGCUGGACAUAUCCCACCGCAUCCAUAGCUACCUCCAGUACUGUGAUCAUCCUCGAUCACUACAGAGUGAUACAUGAACAGGUUCCUAAGACUGCAUGAAAGACCUGUUUUUGAUUUUAGAUACAACAUUCAUGGCACAUGGCACACAUGCAAAAAGCCCCACCAUCUCUCUUUAAUAUGAGAAAAACACACAGACUUUAUAGUUGUUUUGCCUUUUUUACUGGUUGUUUUGUGUCUCUUUGUUGUUCCUAUGCAUAUAUCUGUGGCCAUGUUGUGUCUCUUUAUGGUCCUUUGUGUCUCUUUGUUUUGUUUUUGUUUUUCUGUGGUCCCAGAAGUCACAGAAGGUCCACAUGAUCUUCCCAAAAGGGUGAUGCCAUUUUCCAAGAGAAUUUAUUGGUUAGUAGGCGGUGCUUUUAUAGAAACGUAUCUCUUAUCUAGAACAUAACCUGCUCCCAACCAGGUUAGCUUCUCAGCAUGAGUUGCCAUGGUGAUCUAGCCAAAUUAAAAGAGAACCACCCUCGGGAUACUGAAAACCCAGGGUUAGAGCUGAAGUCACCUAACCAUCAAAUCUGGCUUCGUAGUACAGGGCUCAGUUCAGUAACCCAUCCAUGAUAACAUCUCAAAAUAAAGCAUCAUAGGUAACAUAUCUGCUUAUCAUUCAAAAUAUGUUAUCCAGAAUAUUUCUUUAACGUAUGUCAUUUGACUCAGGUUUGGUGUCAUCACUGCUGAAAUUAUUUUGUAUUGUAAUGCAAUACUGUGUAUUAUGUAGAAUAUUUAUGUUGACAAUACAUAUUUAUUGUUGCCUUCUUCAAAUAUUAUUGUAAGCGAUUUAAUUAGUAGUCUUUUUAUGGGCGUAGUAUAACAAAAAGCACUAACAUAUUAAACUAUUUGAUUUCAUUUUACAUUACACUACUAUAAGCUAUGUUGAGGAGUGCCUUUUGAGAAAUGUUUAGAGUGAACGAAAGUUGCACUUUUAUUAUGAAGGGUAAAAAUGGAAGAAGGCGAGCUGUCAAUGCUGUUGUUAA